GGGCGCGGGGCACAGGAGCCGGGCGCCACCGAGGAGCUGGCAGGCCCGAGGGCGACCAAUGCGAGCGCGGAGCGGGACCCCGCCAGCACCCCUGAUUACGGAGAGAAGAAGCUACCCCAGGCGUUGAUCAUCGGGGUCAAGAAAGGAGGGACACGCGCGCUGCUCGAGGCUAUCCGUGUCCACCCGGACGUGCGGGCAGUGGGUGUAGAGCCGCACUUCUUCGACAGGAACUACGAGAAGGGGCUGGAGUGGUACAGAAAUGUGAUGCCUAAGACAGUGGACGGGCAGAUAACCAUGGAGAAGACGCCCAGUUACUUUGUGACAAAUGAGGCUCCCAAACGCAUUCACUCUAUGGCCAAGGACAUCAAACUCAUUGUGGUGGUGCGAAACCCGGUGACCAGGGCCAUUUCUGACUAUACCCAGACGCUGUCAAAGAAGCCAGAGAUCCCUACCUUUGAGGUGCUGGCCUUCAAAAACCGGACCCUGGGGCUGAUUGAUGCCUCGUGGAGUGCCAUUCGCAUUGGGAUCUAUGCUCUGCACCUGGAGAACUGGCUGCAGUACUUCCCCCUCUCUCAGAUCCUGUUCGUCAGUGGAGAGCGGCUCAUAGUGGACCCUGCAGGGGAGAUGGCCAAAGUACAGGAUUUCCUAGGCCUCAAGCGUGUUGUGACGGAGAAGCACUUUUACUUCAACAAAACCAAGGGAUUCCCCUGCCUGAAGAAGCCAGAAGACAGCAGUGCCCCAAGAUGUUUGGGCAAGAGCAAAGGUCGGACUCAUCCUCGCAUUGACCCAGAUGUCAUCCACAGACUUCGGAAAUUCUACAAACCCUUCAACAUGAUGUUUUACCAAAUGACUGGUCAGGAUUUUCAGUGGGAACAGGAAGAGGGUGAUAAGUGAGGCUGACAGUGUGGAGGGAAGGCUAAGGAAUACCAAGGAUACUCUUUACCAGAGUCCCACAUCCCCCAGGUUCUGAAGCUUUGGCCAUGCUGGAGUGUCAAGUAGAUUGCCAACCUCAUCCAGUCAGGUUACUUCCAAUGUUGUGGGCUUAGGCAAAGGUAUAGAUCUCAUGGCAUCCCUGUGAAGGAACCAGCUGUACCUGGUGGACAAGAUGGCCACCGGAAUCCACCAUGGAUAUUUAUCUUCUACUAGUUAAUGGAGUCUUGAAGACAGGAUAAACAUCUUACAGGGUCAAAGAUGUAUGCUAUGAUGUUGAUGAGUGGCAAAAAGAAAGGAAAAGAAAGGAGAGAAGAGGAGAGGAGAGGAGAGGAGAGGAGAGGAGAGGAGAGGAGAGGAAA